AUGUCAACAGAAAGCGAAAACUUAAAGGAACAACCCAAUCUGAAGCAAGAGAUGACAAAGAACCAUGACAAAGAAUCAAAUUUAAAUAUUGAAGCAGUCAAAUCAUCGGAAAAGAAUGUUCCUAAAGAAGUUAAGAAUGUACCAGAAGACUACACACACUGUCCAAUCUGCAAGACCCCUUUACAAAAGUUUUUAAUCCAACAAAACUAUUCCCUUGUGAUGUGCCCAAAGGAGGAUUGUAAUUACCCAUUUGAUCAAGAACAAAAUAUAGAUAACAUUUCAUAUAUUGAUGAAAAAGAAAUGUUGGAAGUCGCCCAGCAAAGACUGUCUUUAAAUCCAGAAUAG